AAGGUAAACUAAUAGAGGUUUGGGUUUAAGUUGGAUGAGUAUUUGAGGAUAUUAUGAUGGUCACCGGCUAUUUUCUCAUCCUCCUUAUUAGCGGAGCAGCAACAAGUUCGUUCCAGGAUUGGGAAGCACUGAACAGUGUGUCCGUACCAGCAUGGUCCCCGAGAGGUAGGACUGAGACAGGCUAUUUGGGAGGACAACAUGAAGUUCAUUCAGGAAUACAACAAGAAACAUCCUGGAGUUGAACUGAAGAUGAAUCAGUUUGGAGAUCUAACAAACGAGGAGUUCAAAGCAAUGAAGACGAACAUGCCAGCGACCAUGCCCGGAAGCAGUCCUGAAGAUGUGGAAGAGUUCACAGCUCCGCUAGGUCAGCAGGCACCCGCAAGUAAGGACUGGAGAAAGGGAGGUAAGGUGGUGGGUCCGGUGGUGAGUCAAGGAAACUGUGGGUCCUGCUACGCUUUCUCUGCGGUCUCUGUUGUAGAGAGCAUGCUGGCAAUUAUCACUGGGAAAUACCAACCACUGUCAGUGCAGCAGGUGGUGGAUUGUAGUGGACAGUGGGCUAACUACGGCUGUGACGGGGGAACUCCGGAGAAUGUCUUCAACUACCUUAAAGACACUGCAGGAUUAGAACCAGCAGCUGACUACCCUAGCUACAGUCAGUCACAAGGAACAUGCCAGGCUGACUACAGCAAGGCUGUGGCUCACGUGGACAGCUUUGUUAACAUUAAGAAGUACAGUGAGAAGGACCUGAAAGCUGCAGUUGGAAUCGUUGGACCGAUAAGUGUGGGGAUAGAUGCAGGAGAACGCUCCCUUCAGUUCUACUCCAGUGGAAUUUACUCAGAUCCCUUCUGCAUCACCUCCAGGAUUGAUCACGCAGUGGUGGUGGUCGGAUAUGGCUCUGAGAAGGGCCAGGAUUACUGGAUUGUAAGGAACAGCUGGGGUGACAAAUGGGGGAUGGGUGGGUACUUCAGACUGGCCAGAAACAAGCAGAACAUGUGCGGAGUUGCCUCUCAAGCAAUAUACCCCAAAGUUUCAGCCAUUUAGAUAACUUAAAAAAGGAAGAACUAUAUAAACACCAGUGCGACUUGAUUUUCGUGUUUGUGAUAUAUUAUGUGUACCUUGAACAAUUUUCUUAAUAGCCAUGA